AUGAAAUUAAUCACUUCAUACCUUCUAAUUCUUUUCGUUAUUUUUAAUAUUGCGGAUUCCCACUACCAAUUGCAGAAUCCUCCGACUAGAGGUUUCGAAGAAACCACAGAGCCAAAUUCUCCUUGUGGUGGGUUUGACUCGGUCAAUGCAUCUGCAAUAACUAAGUUUCCUGUUUCGCAAGGUCGUGCUACAAGUUACUUCUAUGAUGGUGAUGGAACUCUUACAUAUUAUUAUGCACUUACUUCAAACUCCUCCUUUCUUCCACUCACGAACGCUCCAAAGUCAGUUACUGUCAACUUGACUAGAGCUAACGCAACCGUUGGUUCUCAAGGCGUUCUUCAAGCUGUUUUCAAGUUAUCUGAUGGUAGUAAUGCUUCUUGGUAUCAAUGUGCUGAUAUUCAAGUGGUUAGCGCUCCUACUAACUCUGUCGCUAUGGUUUCACCUCAUAUUGGCGUAAUUACUCUUUUUGUUGGUUUUAUUUCAAUUCUUUUUAUUGGAGUUUGA